CACGGACCGUGGCACUAAUUUUUGACCUAGUGGGAGCUGGCACUCUUGGUCUGGUGAGUAUUUAUCUUCCCAUUUCCUACCGAACACCACAACCCACUGUGGGAGAAAUAACAGUCAGUAGCCUUCGACAGGUUGGGCCAUGAAGUAAUAUUCUCGGCCCUAUUCCUCACCCGCGCACGACUUUAGCCAUGGCACUACAACCUCCGAGUGACGAUGACGACAUAAUUUGGAAUCUGGACAUGACUCCAUUGGUAAACGACACCGCGACAACUGAAGACUGCUUUGCGUUCGCAAACCUUCAAGGGCAAGCAGAUAUAUCUAGCCCAACGCUAGAACAACUCUCAUACCCUUUUCCCACCCCGAGCCAAAUCCCAAUCGGGUACCAAUCUCAUGUCAUUAGCGGUCCCGAGGACGUCUAUGGGUCUCCUUAGAGUACUUUGCUGUCCAAGACCUGGUUUGACAUGGUGGGUGGUUUUGAAGCCGUUGGUUCAGGGACAGCUGGUGAGGUACCGAACUUGAUAAACCACGAGACAGCUUCCACAAUGACGAUGCCAAGGAGUGAUCUGGAGCUUGCAGAAGUCAGAAUGCCUUCGUACGAUUAUUCUAACGUCCAAGAAGAAGGGAUUUACCGUUGCAGUUAUCCGAAAUGUCGAAACCGGCGUGGCUUCACGCUGAGGGCCCACCUCACGAGGCAUAUGAGGAUCCACAACAAACCUGUCCAAUGUCUGCAUCCUCAGUGUAACUUCAGAGCUGCGGAGCAAAAGGAUGUUCGUCGGCACGCAGUGGCAGCCCACAGUAUGUGGGCUAAGCAUCAAUGGAAGAUUGAGGGGCCGUUCCACUGUGACGUGUGUUCCACAACUUUCACGCGAAAGGACAAUCUACGGAAGCAUUGCAAAAGGAAGCAUGGACUCACGACCGGUACCGGAUCAGAAAGGUGGAAAGUCUAGAUCAUCCAAUCCAGUCUUGUUGCUAUUUUAAACAUAGAGGUCCUUUACCUUGACACCUGAUUUGCUGAGCGCUCCCUGAAGUGGAGUGUACCCCCAGGUUCUUGUGAUGCAGUAGUUGGAAGAGAAUAAUGAUAGUCAUUCAAAAAGGGCAUAUGGUUCUACCUAUUUGGAAGCCUUUGGCUAGCUUUAUCCAGAUACUAAGUCUCCAUGGCUAUUGUGAGAGUCAUUCGUUUUCUCAGCUUGUAUAGCCUUGACCAGACUCUCCCGAAGAGAGGUCUUGCCAUCCUUUGCGUGUAGUUUUGGAGAAGUUUAAUACCAACAACGCUUGAACCGAGUUCCGUGCUAAUAGCACAUAUAUUAUAAAAGUUUGAAUCCUAGCAGCUACCAUUCAGUGUCCCAGUGGUUGUGGGAAUAAGAUCUCUGCGACCCUCAGCUAUUAUCACGUGCGAG